AAGAAAGCAAAGCAAAUUGAAGCGAUUAUUCCAUUCGCCCCCGAGCAGCAUCCAAUGGACGUUUGCAAUGAAGGACCUUGAAGGUUGAGUCAUGUCACUCACACACGCACGCACGCUAUCUACACACACUCAUCCAGUGUUCUACAUCAUGACAGGCGGCACACUAAGUGCUGCGUGUCACUCAUGCGGCCAGCCGGACCACAUCGGCACUCAGCGCCCGGAACGACUGGAUGAACACACGCAGCACGUGGUGGAUCAGCGACUGCACACACACACACACACACACCAGAUGGAGAAUCUCUCUCUCUCUCUCUCUCUGUGUGUGUGUGUGUGUGUGCGUGUGUGUGGACUUGCCAAUGGAAUGAGGUCGUCGAAUUCCUCACUGGUGCAUAGGACGCUCCUGUGUGCCGCCUGGCGCGUUUGCUGCUCCUCCAACACACGCUGUAACAGGUCGAAAAACGCUGACGUACACACAGACACACAGAAAGAGAGAGGAGGCACACCACACAACACAUGACGUGACAGGACAGUGGCUGAUGUCGGCUGGUGUGCAUAUGCACCUUGCUCGUCGCCCACAUCGGUGAGCUCCUCAAUAUGUAGGAUCGUGAAGAGCCAACCCAGCGCCUCACGACUCAGCAGCCCACCACCUUCACACAGGCACAUGCCUCUCCACGUUGCCUUGCUUCACUGGCCAACUAACUCACUCACUUUGUUGUGUGCUGCUGUGUAUGAGGUGUUGUGUGUCGUUUCCGUCGGUGACGGCCUUGCAUAUCCACUCGAUGAGUGCGUCCUCGCCGUGUGGCUGCUGCAGCAAAGCGAUCACCUGCAGCGUGCACAGCGCCUUGAGCCGCUUCCGGAACUCGUAGUCGCGGUGCCGAUAACGCCGCUUCACCACCUGCACGAACUCUGAUCAUCGCAGACAGAACACAUUGAUAUCAACAGACAGAGGCCAUUUUUCUCCUUUCCACCGGCAAAGUCCAGCAGGUCGUGCCAAUCGACGAGUCCAUCUCGGUUGCUGUCCAUGACAAACAGGGUGGGGAAGUGGGUGAAGUCGAUGGGCACGCCGUCGGGCGGCUGCAGCCGCUGCAGCUCCCGCAGCCGGAGCGCACCUCGAGGCCCCGCCCCAGAGUCCUCACCCAGCGCCGCAUUGUACUGCUCCUUCAGAUACGAUAAUAUGGGAGAGUGCGCCACAGGCAAUGAAGAGCCCAUCACCAAACAUGCAUUCCUCUCCUCAG